AUGCGGAACUCUCCGUAUCAUGCGAUAGCUAAGUGGUUAGCAGAGAAGCUCAAGCCCAUACAACAUCAGCUGGCACCACGCAGCUAUCGAGAUACCUUUCAAUUCAUUGACGACAUUAAAGACCUCAACCUUGACGGCAUGAUGAUGUUCUCACUAGACUUCGCAUCACUUUUUACAAACGUCCCAGUCACCGAGACAGUUGACUACAUCUGUGAUUUUCUAUCUGCCAGUCAUCAAGAAAUAGGACUGCCGACAAAAACACUCAAGGAAAUAUUACUUAGAUGCACAUUAAAUGUGCAGUUCCUUUUUGACAACCAACUCUAUAGACAAAUAGACGGCGUUGCCAUGGGCUCGCCUCUUGGACCUCUCUUAGCCGACGUCUUCAUGGGCAAGCUGGAGAGAUUUCAACUAAGCGAUCAGAUCAAGAAGCUUAAACAUUAUGGUCGCUACGUUGAUGACAUCUUUGCGAUUGCAACUACAGAAACCGACGUCGCUGCCCUCCUAAAUGCUGCAAAUCAGGCACAUCCGUCGAUCAAAUUCACGUUGGAGAUGGAGUCAGCUGGUUCGCUUCCUUUCUUAGAUGUCCUUCUAAACAGGAGAUCUGACGGUAGCAUCCGAAGGAGUGUCUACGAAAGAAAACCUGGUCUGGACAAUACACGAACUUUGCUAGUUUCGUACCUCUCCAACAAAAACGGAAUCUAG